CCGAGACUAUCUCGAGCCACGCUUUCUCUCUCUUGUGUCCUUCGAGUCAGCCAGAUUGACCUCAUGGCCACUACCGGCAAUCUUGUCGGUUCCCAAAGGAUUCUCUCCGUCUAGGUGGAAGUCCACUACCUCAUCACCGAAUGCGGCCGCAAUUUCUUCCAAGGGUUUAUGUCUCGUCUAUGCCCAAAGACCAGAAAAUCAGCAGCUCGAUCAAUGCAGGGAGAUCAGUCAAAUACGAAAAUGUUGUCAACAUACCUCGGGGAACCAAACAGCAAAGAUAGUACCACCGAGCACAGUCAUGACCAAGAACACAAGGUAGUACUUCCAGCCGAUGGCGGCAAAGCCGUCACUGGCAGCGCAGAGUAAGAUGAGCGACGCGACAAAGAGACCGCUGGUAGAAAGGGCACAGCCCCGAGCGCGCAGAUGCGUCGGCCAGAUCUCGCUGGCAUACACGUAGGUCGACGCGUCGAGGCACGAUCCGUACCUGCGCCCGGAGGACAUUUUGCAUUAGCGGUGAGACCCAAGUAAGACGGCUUGUGCUCCGUUUCAUCUUCACAGAUAUUGGAGGCGGCCAAGUCAGCAUGUUACUCACCAUCCGAUGUGGAGAAACAGAAAAAACACAGCCGCGCUGUUACCCGCGCGAUUGUUUGAGUUUUCGAAGACGGCCAACAUGAUGAUCUCUCCCAGAAGAGCGAUGCUGCACCCAACCAUCCCAGCCGUCAUCAACCACUUGCGGCCGAAAAUGUCGAGGAGGAGGGCAUUGAUGGCAUUGGCGAAUAUGCCGCAGGUGAUCCAUCCGGCUUGGAUGAUCAACGAAUUGGCCGCGUUGAAACCUAAUCUGGAAUACAGCGUAGGUCCAUAAUUGUUGAUGACCUGUGUGCCCGUGCAUUGAGCAAAGAACAUACAGGAGAAGCCGAUCAGGCAUCGCUUGCGAUAGGAGGGGAUGGCGAAGAUAGAGGCCCAGGAUGAAGGCAGCGUCUUUUCCAGCUCGAUUUGCUGCGCAAUUUGUCUGUACUCCCUAUGCGCAAAGUGACCUUCAGGGUCACUCAGAUCGGUGUGGAUCUUGUGAAGAACCUUGAGGCUCUCAUCUUUCCGGUCGCGCUCCAUGACUGUGUUUGGGGGUCAGUGACAAGGUAUGCGAGGACAAUGGGACACCGAAACAGGGAAUUAAUCCCGUACUGGCUUGGUAAGACUUACGCCAUCUGGGGGACUCGGGCAGGAAUAAAAUGCCCGAUGCAAGCAAGAGGGGGAAUAUGAUCUGGAACGCCAACGGGAUGCGCCAUUGCGCACCCUUUGCAUUGACAUAGAAGAAUCCAACUCCGACCCAACUCGCCAAGCUAUAUCCCAAGAGAAUGAACACACCGUGAAGACCAACAAGAAAACCUCGUGUUCGUGGAGGGGCAACUUCAGUCUGCCAAAGUGGAAUGAGAGUGACCAGAGCACCGAUUCCCAGGCCGGUGAUGAACCUAGCUGCCAUGAACAUGCCGACGUGAACGGAAGCGGUCUGUAGAACUCCGCCCACCACACAGACGGACGAGGCAAAGAAGAUGGCCCACCUGCGACCCAAUUUGUCGCCGGUGAGCCCUACAUACGCUGUCCCGAGAAGUCCUCCUGCCUGGUACAAGCCCUGGAUAGCGCCGAUGAGUUGGACCGCAUUGGAGAGUGUGUCGAGGCGCAUGUACACCUGGAAGCUAGGUUGACCAAGCGUGGUGGCGAUGAUACAUGUGCAGUAUCCGUACGUUAGACUGCCUAGAGUGGCGAAUAGAAUGAUCUGAGAGAGACACUAUUAGGAGUGUGACACGGCACACUGGUAGGGCUCAACGCACCAGUACAUUGAACUUGCUGCGGUGUUCCUUGGGGGGUUUUGCUCCGGCCAUGACGAGAAGAAAUUGUGGCUUGAACUCAAAAGCGCGAUGUGACAAGGGAUUGUUGUCUGCUCACUCCUUGAACCCCUGAUGCGCAAGGAGUGCCUCUCUUGCCUUUAUAGACAACAUCCCUCGAUCCAUACUUCGUUCGGAUGAGCAAUCUCCAGCAUCAACCGAACAGAUUGACUGCCCAGGGCCUCGAGUUGAAGUCAUGGGCGCUUCCGAUAGAACGAGCUCAGCCAAUAUUCAUCUUUCAUCAACACGGUGAAAGAUAUUGAUGGGCAUUUGGCGAUAACAAGGCCAACCACUCAGAGGCAUUGUCUUGCCCAGAGUGGGACGAAGAGGCCGGAUAUUGCUCUUCCAGAAGUGGGGACUCGGAGGAUUUCAACUUGAUCCCCAGAGUCCUGAUGGUACCGUCACGGACCAAACAUCUUCUUCAAAUCGAGUUGUCAACUGCUAACGACAGCUCGGCUGCUGCUGGUCAGGAGACGACAUGCGGGUACUGCUGACCCGGUCAUGGAGACCUGUAUUAAUUUGCCGUAGAUCUUGUCUGGCUACUCCGUACGUUCAAUGGAGAAGACCACCAGGACCCACUCGAGGCCAGGUGCUAGACAGUGCGGGAGCAACAGAUGAUCACAGGAUAUUGAGAAUCCGGAGGUGGAGUAGCAAGAGUUACGCAGCCGCGUUGUGUGGUGGGAGGGGUAGUGAUGGUUGACUAUAAGGUAUGAUAGGCGUGGCCUUCCAGCGGAACAUGACUAUCAUCGCCCCGAGCAGUAUAUCAUUGUACAUAUGAUUAGAGAUCGAGAUAUCCCUUCUUCCGCAACUCGCGUUCACAGACAAAAUGUCCAUCCGGAGAUACAAGGCAGCUACGGUCCAAUCUGAACCGUGCUGGUUCGAUUUGGCAGCCGGCGUCGAAAAGACCAUCAAAUUUAUCAAGGAAGCGGCCUCUAACGGUGCCUCUCUGAUUGCGUUCUCCGAAGUAUGGCUCCCAGGAUAUCCCAACUUCCUCUGGGGCGGAAACUAUCUGGAGAACAUCCCUCUGGUCCACAAAUACAUGCAGAACAGCAUGGGGGCGCAUGGACCGGAGAUGGCUCGUAUUCGUCAGGCAGCGGCGGACAACAACAUCUAUGUCUGUCUGGGUUUCAGCGAAAGAGACGGUGGCAGUCUCUAUCUGUCGCAGGUGCUCAUUGAUUCCAAAGGCAAAGUCUUGCUCCAUCGUCGGAAGCUCAAACCGACACAUGUCGAGCGAACCCUUUUCGGGGACUCGACCGGAGACUCUUUGAACAACGUCGUCGAUACUCCGCUGGGCAAAAUCGGAAUGCUCAACUGUUGGGAGCAUUUCCAACCACUGCUCAAAUACCACACGUACGCCCAAGGGGAGCAAGUCCACAUUGCGGCAUGGCCUUUCAAUGGCAACUACCUCGGUCUGGGGGAGCCAUGGUCCGUAUGCAAUGAAGCAAACGAAGUGACGGCCAGCCGCAUGUAUGCUCUUGAAGGCCAAGCCUAUGUCCUUGUCACAAAUCAGUGCGUGUCACCUGCAGGCGUCAAAGCCAACAGUGCCGGCCAAAAGGCGCCGGAAGGAAGCUUCAUGCUCAGUGGCGGAGGGGGAAACUCUGGCGUAUUUGCUCCGGAUGGAAAGAAGCUGACGGAAGACGUCGACCCUCUGUUCGACGGGCUGAUCUACUGCGAUAUUGACUUGGAUCAAAUCGACCUUGCCAAAGCCAUCGCAGACCCUGUCGGCCACUAUUCACGACCAGAUCUUCUUCGGCUUUUGGUAGAUGAUGAGCCGAAGCACUUCCGCGUCCACGUUAAGAGAAACACUGUCGACAACGAUCUGUACCAUCCAGGUCCGACCCUCACCUCACAGUUCAAGAGUCUGGAAGAGACCUUGGCCGAGGGUCGAUUCGAUAUCCCCGAGUCGUCCCCGGCAGAAGAUUCAGAUAGGGCCGAUGGAGGCAAAGAGUAA